GCAACAUCUUGCUGGAGGUUACAAAAAUGUAAUUCGGUGUCCAAAAUGUCCAGAAGAUGUAAGGAAUCAAAUGCAGGAAUUCAUUGCUAAAAAAAGAGAGCAAAAAUCAAUUAUGAAUAUGGAAAGACCACCUGAAUUUGAUGAUGUUGAAGUACUGGGAUUAGAUGAAAAUGAGGAAGAGGAAGAGUUGAUGCAAGAAAUUGGCAGUGAAAGAAGAAGGCAAGUACUGGAGGUUACAGGUACUAGUGCUUUUAAAAAACCAAAAGUUUUACCACCACAAAGUAGUAGAGGGCCUAUUGACUGUUAUUUUUCCCCUAGACCUACUGUUUUGGGAAAAAAUAUGAGGCAAACUACCAUUGAUGAAAAUAGUCCAGCUAAAAAGGAGUUAAGGGAGCGUGCUUGUGUUGCCAUAGCAUGAUGGAUGUAUGAUGUGGGAAUAGCUUUUAAUGCUGUGAAUUAUGAUAGCUUUGAGGAAAUGAUUUGAGCAAUUGGAAAUUAUGGGAAAGAAAUGAAACCUCCAAGUUUUCAUGAGGUUAGAGUUCGGUUACUUAACAAAGAAGUGCAAAUCAUAAAUGAUCUUCUCGAGCCUCAUAAAGAAGAAUGGGAAAAUUAUGGAUGUACAUUGAUGUGUGAUGGAUGGACGGAUAGAAAAGGGAGAACCUUGAUUAAUUUCUUGGCUAAUAGUCCAAAGGGAAGUGUAUUUAUUAAAUCAGUUGAUGCAAAUGAUGAAUCAAAGACAGCGACAUUGUUGGCUAAUUUGAUUGAGAAAGAAUUGAUGGAAAUUGGUCCUGAAAAAGUAGUUCAAGUUGUCACAGAUAAUGCAUCAAAUAAUGUUGCAGCAGGGAGAAUAUUGGAAGCAAAUUUUUCUCAUCUAUACUGGACUCCAUGUGCAGCUCAUUGUAUAGAUUUGAUGUUGGAGGAUAUCUUUAAGAUCCGUGUUUUCAAAGAAAUAUUCCGCAAAGCUGUUGAGCUUACUGGUUUCACAUAUGGCUCUUCAGGAGUUCUAAAUAUGUUGCGGAAGUUUACUAAUGGAGUAGAAUUGCUAAGGCAGGGCAAACUAGAUUUGCUACUGCUUUUAUUACACUGGGAAGGAUUUAUCUUCAGAAAGCCAAUAUUAGAAAAAUGUUUACUUCAGAAAGUUGGACAACUAGUAAAUGGGCUAAAGAGGUGAAAGGCAAAAAGUGUGAAAGGACGGUUUUGAGUCCUGCCUUCUGGAAUCAUGUUGUUUAUGCUCUUAAGGUUUCCGGUGCUCUUGUUCGUGUGCUUCAACUUGUUGAUAAUGAAAAAAAACCAGCUAUGGGAUAUAUUUAUGAAGCCAUGGAUAGGGCUAAAGAAGCCAUUGCCAACUCACUCAAUGGCAAUGAAGAGAAAUACAAGAGCAUUUUUGAGAUUAUUGAUGCGAGAUGGUCACUUCAAUUGCAUCGUCCUUUGCAUGCUGCUGGAUACUUUUUGAAUCCUGAAUUUUUUUAUCCAAAUAAGAUGAGAAUUGAAUCUGACGAAGAGGUCAAUACAGGAUUGCUUUCGUGCAUUCAUAAAAUGGAAAAAAAUUCAGCAAAAGUUGAUAUGAUUCUUGAUGAAAUUGAGAAAUACAAGGCAGCUGUAGGGACCUUUGGUUUUCCUUCAGCUAUUAGAGGAAGAACAAUCAAAUAUCUAGGUUAUUAAUUUAAUUCUUAUUAAUUUUUCAUUUUGCUCAUUUAUUAAUUUAUAUCAUGAAUUUAACAAUCAUUGGUUCUAUAUUUUAAUAGCUGCUUGGUGAAAAACAUAUGGUUCUUCAACUCCAAACCUACAAAAGUUUGCUGUAAAGGUUCUGAGUCUCACAUGUAGUGCAAGUGGUUGCGAAAGAAAUUGGAGUGUAUUUGAGCAUCUUCAUAGUAAGAAAAGAAAUCGGCUAUUUCAAGAACGCUUGGACAAUUUGGUAUAUGUGAAGUACAAUAGAGCGUUGCUACGCCGACACACUUUUGGGGAUAUCACAACACCUAUUGAUUUGGCAAAUAUUGAUGAGAGUAAUGAAUGGUUGCUUGGUGAAUUAGAAAAAGGUGAUGGGGAUGAUGAUGAUGAUGAUUCUCUUGUUUUCAUGAAUGACGUAUUGGC